AUGGUUGAAGGUGGACAAGGAGCCAUUGUCGGUUUGGGACCUGUUCAUGAAGAUUACUUUAAAGAAUCUCACCCCUUAGCGCACAAAUGCACCUCGUUGGUUCACAAAGGAGACAACUUGGAUCGAUACCUAUUGGGUCGCCAGUUCAUGGUCAUCUUGAUUGUUUUCACCACGGAGAUGGCUGGAGCUCCUCUUGCCGGCGCUGAACUUUGGGGUCUCCCAACUUGGUUGACAAACAUGAUGCUUGCUACUGGUAUCGCCAUGAUUCUCUUCACCUGCAUGGUCGGUCAGCUCAAUUCGGAGAUUAACGGCUGCCAUUGCAUGCUUGACUACAUCAACACAUGGUUUGCUGUCUUCACGGUUUGGGUCGCCAUGGCCAUCGAGUUCUCUGGUGUUUUGCACAUUUGCUACAUCAUCCAGAAAGUGGUUGCUCAAUUAGCCGGUCAGCCCAUUGAAUCCAAAGAGCCACCGAAAUCUUUCGUUCAGCAUCUUUUCUUUUAUGGCCGCGCCAUCAUGUCGCUUGCGAUCCUGUGCUUCUCUUUCGCCGUUACCAUGACGGCUCUGUUUAACGGUCAAACUACGAUGUGGGAAUUCAUGCCGCCCGUUGCUUCGGUGGUACUUUUCUUUGUCCUUUUGUUCGUCAUUGGGCUUCUUGAGGGCUCCCAGAUUGCCUAUUUCGCCGUCGUCAAGAUGCGCGAUUGCGAACGAGGGGAAGGUUUCUUUGCCAAGAAGUCCUGUGAGAUCCUGUUUGUUAAUGACAACCGCAACUUGGGGCGUUUCAUCAUUGGGCGCCAGCUCUUGGUGGUCUCCUGCAUGUUCAUCAUUGCACGCAUCACUUCAGUCAAGCUCAAAGACGACGAACCAAACCUCUUUGGUGUUUCGGACUCCACGCAGGGCUUAUUCAGCACCGGUCUGCUUGGUGCCCAUAUUGUUGCUGUGAUUGGCUCUGUUACGUGGCGUCUUCUUUCAUCGGCUUUCCCUCUUGCUUUCUUGGCAUCCCCGCUUACGUACAUCCUCCUCCGUGUGGCUCUCUUUUUGGAAUGGACUGGCGUCCUUCACGGUGCCUUUGUUCUGGCUUUCAUCCACAAGAAGAUUGCUGGAUUCCAACGUGAUGAGGUCUACAUUGGAACUGCCGAAGAACGUGCCGCCCAAUCGAAGCGAGACAGGAGCUCUAUAGCUGCCCCCAAAGCUGGUCAUAUUGUCCCCAUUGUCGAGACGGGCGAGAAUCCUUUUGAAGGUCCCACGACAGUCGAGGAAAUUGAAGAUUUGGAGGAGGAGCUCAAGGAACGCCUGGAAGCCUUGAAAGUUCAAAAGAAGCGACUCCUGGAGGCCGAGCAGAAUCGCGAGGCCGCCAAGAGGAAGCAGAAUUCCGAUUUGACCGAACUGGAUGAGCCCGACGUCGACUGCUAA